AUGUGCGAAGAAGAAAGAGAAAGAGAAAGAGAAAGAGAGCAUCAUCACAAUCACCACCAUGGUGGUGAUGCAUUGGCUGCAAUAGCUGGUGGUCUAGCUGGUGCAUACGCUGGUUCGCAUUUAUCCUCUGGACAUAAGAAGAUGGGUGGAGCUUUAGGUGCCAUUGGUGGUGCAAUACUAGGUGAAAAAUUAGCCGAACAUUCUCACCACAAACACCAUGGUCAAGAAUAUAGAGAUGAUGGUCCUAGUUACAAUAACCCACCACCACCAAUGAAUAAUAUGGGAUUUGCCCCACAGGAUAAUUACCGUCGUGAGAACAACAACGAUUAUCAAUAUGAUAGACGUGGAGGUCCUGCUCGUAAUGAAUACGACAACUACCAGUAUUCUGAUGGACAACAAACCUAUGGCCGCCCUCCCCAGGGCUAUCCUGGUGAACACCAAGGUAGACAAGGCUGGUAA